UAACGGCGGAUGUCGGUCUGGUGAGAUUCGAAAAUGUGCCUCCUCAUGCGUGGGUGGAGACAAAAUUGUAGAAAUCCACUAUAAUUCGAAUUGGUUCAUAUUGAGGGAGAACAGACUGGAACCUUUCAGUUCGUCUGCCAACCGCUUGAUUUGAACGUAAUUUUUCUAUACGUGAAGAGUCAACAAUAACACCAUGGAAGAACUCCCUCCAGAACAAAUUGCUGUCCUCCGUAAAGCUUUCGAAGCUUUCGAUAACCAAAAAUCUGGCAGCAUUUCCUGUGAUAUGGUUGCUGACAUUCUGCGCCUCAUGGGUCAACCCUUUGACAAGAAAAUUCUAGAAGAGCUCAUUGAAGAAGUAGAUGCUGAUAAGUCUGGAAGGUUGGAAUUUGAAGAAUUCGUCACUUUAGCAGCCAAAUUCAUCGUGGAAGAAGAUGAUGAAGCAAUGCAAAAGGAACUUAAGGAAGCAUUCAGGCUCUAUGAUAAAGAAGGAAAUGGAUACAUCCCGACUACUUGUUUGAAAGAAAUUUUGAGAGAACUUGAUGAUCAGCUUACAGACAGAGAAUUACAGCUGAUGAUUGAAGAAAUUGACACUGAUGGAUCAGGUACCGUUGAUUUUGAUGAAUUCAUGGAAAUGAUGACGGGAGAAGUCUAAGCUGCUAUUUUUUACGUAUAUUUCAGUACCUUGAAUCUUGUUAAGUUUCAAACAGCCAAAUUAUAUUUAUGUAUGUUAAAUAUUUAUAUCCUAUUUAUUUAUGAAAAUAAAGAAUAGAAUUUA